GGUUGUGAGCCAUAGAGAGAGUGAGAGCCGGAGUAUGUCCGCAGAGCGCCGGUGAAUGGAGCCGUGUACGGGGAGAAGGAUGGAGCCGGGAUCACUGCUGUGCUGGGCUGUCCUGCUCUGUCUACCAGGGUGUUGGUGUUUUACUGAUCUUUUGUUUGUGAAAGAACCUGUGGAUACAAUAGUGUUGCGAAAAGAUGCCGCGGUUUUAGAUUGCCAAGCUCAUGGAGAACCUCCAAUUGCUUUGACGUGGAUAAAAAAUGGUGUAAAGAUUACUGAAAACGAAAGGAUCUCAACUUUGAAGAAUGGUUCCUUGUUCAUCCAAGAAGUGGAGGGAAAGAAAGGAGAGUUUUCCGAUGAAGGAUAUUACCAGUGCCUAACUAUGAACAAAUAUGGUGCCAUGUUAAGUCAAAAGGCUCACCUUUCUGUAGCAACUAUGCCUGCCUUUGAAGAGCAGCCAGUUUCCAUACAGGUUCAAGAAGGUGGAGUGGCUCGGUUGUCCUGUAAAAUAACUGCUAAUCCUCCGGCUGUUAUUACGUGGGAACUAAAUCGCACUGCCCUUCCUCUUGCCAUGGACAGGGUUACUGUGUUAUCGAAAGGAAUUCUUCAGAUCUAUGGUGUAACAAAGAAGGAUGCCGGAAAUUACAGAUGUGUAGCUACCUCUAUGUCAAACCGACGCAAGAGUGCCGAAGCAACAUUGACUGUUGUACCAGGCACACCAAUGCAUCCUUUAAAGAAACCAGUAAUCAUAGCUCCUCCUCAGAAUACUACAGCCUCUCUGCACCAAACUGUUACACUGGAGUGUAUGGCUACAGGAAACCCAAAACCUAUAGUGUCCUGGAGCAGGCUGGACCAAAAGCCCAUUGAUGUCUUUAAUACAAGAGUGCUGGGGAAUGGGAACCUUGUUAUAGCCGACGUGAAGGUACAACAUGCAGGUGUAUAUGUGUGUAGAGCGACGACUCCGGGAACUCGCAACUUCACAGUGGCAAUGGCUAGUGUUGCAGUUCUAGCACCUCCAUCCUUUGUUGAACGGCCAGAGAGUUUGACAAGGCCACGCGCAGGGACAGCUCGAUUUGUAUGUCAAGCUGAAGGAAUUCCAAUGCCAAAAAUCUCAUGGCUCAAGAAUGGAAGAAAGAUACAUUCUAAUGGAAGAAUCAAAAUGUACAAUAGUAAAUUGGUAAUCAAUCAGAUUAUCCCUGAAGAUGAUGCCCUAUACCAGUGUAUGGCAGAAAAUAGUCAUGGCUCCAUUCUUUCCCGGGCAAGACUUACAGUAAUAAUGUCUGAAGACAGGCCAAGUGCUCCUCGUCACCUUCGAGCUGAGACAGUGUCCAGUUCAGCCAUUAUAUUGUCGUGGGAAAGGCCGCUGUACAACUCAGAAAAAGUCAUUGCUUAUUCUGUGCAUUACAUGAAGGCGGAAGGUUUAAACAAUGAAGAAUACCAAGUGGUGAUUGGGAAUGACACAAAUCACUACAUUAUCGAUGACCUGGAUCCUGCCAGCAACUACACGUUUUAUAUUGUUGCCUAUAUGCCAAUGGGUGCAAGCCAGAUGUCAGACCAUUUUACACAGAGCACACUUGAAGAUGUUCCACUGAGAGCCCCGGAACUUAGUUUGACGAGCCGCAGCCCUACAGAUGUUCUGAUCUCAUGGCUUCCCAUCCCAUCCAAAUUCUGUAGAGGAAAGAUCAUACUUUACAGACUGUCAUUUCGAAUGAGCACUGAAAGUUCUGUUCAAGUUCUAGAACUCCCUGGUACCACCCAUGAGUAUUUCUUGGAGGGGCUGAAGCCAGACAGUGUCUAUUUGGUUCGCAUAUCAGCAUCAACUAAAGUUGGAUGGGGAGAAUCAUCUGCCUGGACAUCCCAUCAGACACCCAAAGCGAGCAGUAUAAGAGCACCAAGGUCUCCAGAGUUGCGACUGGAUCCCCUAAACUGUACAACAAUAGCAGUGAGAUGGCAACAGGAUCCUGAGGAUACAGCUACGAUCCAGGGCUACAAACUAUUCUAUAAGGAGGAAGGACAGCAAGAGAGUGGUCCAAUCCUGCUGGAUGUCAAAGACUUUGAUUACAACAUUGAGGGGUUAGAUCCCAGAAGAAAAUAUCAAGUAAGGUUACUUGCCUAUAACAAUUUGGAUGAAGGCUAUCAAGCUGACCAGACUGUCAGCACUCCUGUUUGUGUCUCUGUCCCAGACCGCAUAGUGCCUCCUCCUCCACCACCUCAUCACCUGUAUGCAAAAGCCAAUAGCUCAUCUACUAUCUACCUUUAUUGGGGACGGCCAGCAUUCUCUUCUGGCCAAUCUGUCAACUACACUGUGCGUUGUAAUCCCGUCGGUCUACAGAAUGCAUCUUUGGUACUCUACCUCCAAACGACAGAACCUCGUAUUUUAGUUCAGGACCUUGAAGCGAAUACUAAGUAUGAAUUUGCUGUACGGUUGCAUGUGGACCAGUUGUCGAGUCCCUGGAGCCCCGUGGUUUACCAUUCUACCCUCCCAGAAGCCCCCAGAAGCCCACCAGUAAGUGUGAAGGUGACAUUGAUUGAGGAAAACACAGCUUUGGUCUCUUGGAAACCCCCCGAGGAUAUGGGUUCAUCUGUCACCCAAUACACAAUAUUCUAUGCAUCCAGUAAAGACAGUGCUGCCGGCAAGUGGCAGAAUAUGCAUCGCGAUGGAGCGAUUACAAUGGCUUUGCUGGAAAACCUGCUGCCUGGAAACGUCUACCUGAUCAAGAUCUCGGCUUCCAAUGAAGUGGGAGAAGGACCUUUUUCUAACACAGUGGAGUUGGAUGUUCAGCCUAAGGAGAUGGUACACAGCAGCAUGAAGUCAAAGCAUUUUAAUUCUGCCAACAGUCAAGAUUAUUCCAGUUUCUACCAUCUGGACCAGAAGUCAAUGACGGGAAUUGUUGUUGGAGUGUGCAUUGCAAUAACGUGUAUUCUCAUAUGUGUGCUUAUUCUGAUUAAUCGUGGCAGAGCCAGGAAAGCCACAAUUGCAAAACUUGCUCAAGGAAAUGGCCGGAUACCUCAAGCAGCUGCAUUAAUUUCUCAUGAGAGCCAACAACAAAAGACUGUGAAUCAGCCAGAAGGGAAUGCAGAUGCCUUAAUGUCUGCUGUUGAGGCAGAUCAUAUCCUUGAUACAAAGGGUGGAUCCGAUCUCAUCAUUAAUGGCUAUGGACCAGUUGUGAAAAAAAACACGAAAAAAAAAUGGUUAUUUUUCAAUGACCGUAAAAAAGACCACUUGGAACAGUCCAACUCAAGAAUUGUAAGGGCUACUUGUUUAUACCAACCUGGUACAACUGUACUGCUGGGAGAAGGCACAUCCUCCACCCCACCAGGCCACCCAGACUCGUUUCAGAUAAGAAGGAGCAUAGCAGCAGACACAGAGCAUUCUGAGAACAGUGAGGAAAGCCACGAGACCAAUGAUUCGGGGCGUUACUCCCAUGAAUCCAAUGAUGACAUGAAUCUGUACUCUGUUAUCAGCACCACUCUGCCCUCACCUCAUUCAUUUAGCAGUGAAGAAAGUGCUAAGGACUCUGUCUUAACCAAACGCUAGAAAAACUGACCAGUGUCUGCUGCUGAGGAACAUUCGUUCACGGUACCUCACAAGAUCCACAAAACAUUUUAAAGACGAUGAUUACUUUAAAGCCAGAUGCAUCCAACAUUAGUGUCUGUUCGAAGGACAAUGAACAGAGUCAAAACAAAUGAAUGUGGAAUCUGGUUUUUCACAUCCCAUACAUUACAAUUCUCCCACAGAAUGUUCCGUAGAGUAAAUCUAUUGACUGUGAAGGUUGGCUUGCUGGAUAGUGAAUGGAUUCGAAACUCUCCAGGUUUUUUAUGCCAUUUAUCUUUGUUGUAAAGGAACGUCAAGCAGUCCCUUAGAUUUAUGUCUACCUCAGCUGGUCACACGAUGAACUCCAUUUCGCUGCUUUACCCAUAUUUGUGUUUGUAUGUCUCCCCUUACCCUUCAUCAGAAAUACUUCCUAAAUGUGUUUUUUUAUUAUUUUUCAUGCUUUGUGAUGAAUGUUUUUACCUAAGGAGUUGUAAAGGCAAAAUGGAGAAACGGUCUCUGUUAGACUUUGAAUACAGUACUGUUAAUUGGCUGAUUAGAGCAUGGCUUCCUACCUGAAAUACUUACUACCUCUGUAAACAAGAGUGUUCAACAAAACGUACUCUAUGUUCUUGUUGGUUUGAGACAAAUACUUAUUAUUACGUAACAUUUGCCGUCUAAACAGACAGCUGUGCCUUCUAGUAUCUCAGUAAAACAGUACUGCCUUACUCAAACAGUAUUCAGGACAUUACUCAGGAGUAAAACAAGAGGCCUUAAACCCUAGGACAUUUGUGGAGAACCUCAACCACUCACAUAUCCAUUUAAUAAUUCUCUUAAAAUGUUUGAUUUCUUUAGAAGGUUGGCUAUGGUCAUGUAAGUUUCAGCAGAUGGAAGUAGACUACAAUGCUACUGACAUGUGUAAUGAAGAUGGAGUCCUAUUUAUGGUAUGAAUACUAUAAUAUACUGUAUAUACUUACCCAUAGACAUAAUCAUUUUUUAAAUGAAGCACAGCCUAUUUGGCACUGAUGCUUGAUACUCUUUGCCGUAUACAUGCUUGUUUACACUUGGGGAUGGAGAGCAACAUGCUAGUCAGCCGAUGUGUUCAAUGUUGACUGAAUGUUAGAAGAGCCUUUGCAGAGCUGUUUACUCGAGAGCCAAUUGUGCCUGUUGCCUUUACAAUUCCUGAUUUAUACUACCUCUUUUUAAAUUGAUGUUCUUGUUAAUUUCCUGGACUCAGGGAAUUGUGUAUUUUUGUGUGUCUGGACCUCAUGAAUAUAUGGGGCAAAUGUGACAGGGUAUCAUGUUUUUUUCCUUGUUUUUAUAGAAAAUGAAGUAGGUCAAUUAAUUUAUCCGAUACAUUAUUAAAGCGUUCCUGUUGCAUAAACAGACAGCCACUUUUAAGUGCUAAAGCUCCAGUUUGGUAUGUUGUGAUUAGGGAUGAGUUUGGGUUCGGUUCCAGAAGGAAGCUGUCAAGUGCUGGCAUCAGCUGGGCAUUACCUGCCCAGUAACAGCAUGUUCAAAAAGUGGAGGGGAUGCUGCUGUUAGGUCAAUGUCAUUGACCUAAUUUAGCCAUGUAGCCAUAAUAGGUCAAUAAUGUCACAAGCAUCCCCUUUGUGUAUAUGAAGCUGCAGAGGAGGUCGCAGCUGCUUGGCUUCCUUCCGGCCAAGCCAAAGCUCAUCCUUGGUGCUCAAUAUGCAAAAAUCACCAUAUAAUGAAUAGCUGACAAGAUUGCAUUCCAACCACGUGCAUAUGUGUAGCGAUCUUGUAAAGGCUUUCACUCAGAAUGGCUAUAAGUUUAUAUGGCCAAAUCUGGCCAUAUAAACUCCAGGAAGAGGAUAUGGAACUGUUGCUUUGCAGUUGCUGUAUUACCUGUAAUCCUGUUCCUUAAUUGGCUGCUUCCACUGUGAUUGUGGAACAGGUAACCUUUAAUACAGACAUGUAAAUUAUGUCAUACCAAAGAUUGUCCUUUACUUUGUAAGGGAAAGCUAAUUUUUUUUUUUCCAAAAGAAAAAAAAAGUUAUUUUGUUUUUCGCAUAACUGCUAAGUAGUAGUAAUAGGGAUUGUAAAUGAUAAGUAGGGAUGAAUACAAUCUGCAUUUCAAACUACCUUUGACUUUAAAUAGUCAUGUCCAAAAACUUCCACUUUUAGUAUUCAGCUAUUAGCUCUUUAUUAUACCAGUAUUAGAUGACCUAUUUUUUUGAACAAAUUGCUUUAUACAAUAUGGAAGGAAACUUUAACCAAAGAUUUAUUUUUGGGGUCUUGUCUUGCUCUUUGUUUAGAGUUUUUUUUUUAAGUCCAUUUCUUGCAUGAACAAAUGUUCACACUAAACAGUUAAUAUGCCGGAGCAGCUAAAACUUAAUCAUGUUAUCCUUCCUAUUAGGGAUAAUAAUGGGAUAUUACAUUUUGUUUGUUUGUGCUCAUUUUAGAGCAAGGAAUCAACACAUGUAGCAAUAGAUUCAUUUCAUAGUAUGUGAAAUCAUAACAUGUCUGACAAUGGUACUGUGUAUUGAAUAGGCUGUUCAUAAUUAGAAAAGAUUCUAAUAUCCCAAUAAACAAUGACUCCAUCAAGCAAAGUAAAAUCCAACUGUAAGCAAAACUUCUAUUUUAGUUAUGGAUAGGGUGGAGAACGAUUCAAACUUCUGUCAGGUUUUUGAUGCUGUCUGUGACAUUUAUGGGGUGAUUUUAGUUUACUUUUUGUCUUUCGGAUGUUUGCCACCUCAUCCAAUCAGAGAAUGCUUUUCAUUCAUUGAGGAAAAAUUCAAGGAAUUUUUUGAAUGGCAACAGUGCUGAGCUAGUGACCCCCUGUGGUUAGGGUGCAUCAGUGCAGCCAUUCCGCAUGGGACACAGAAGACUGCAGUGAUCACUGUAGUAGCAGUAACUGCUACUGUGAUUUUCUCCUUCUAAAGCAAUCCCACAGGUUUAGAAUAUGCAAGCUGUGAGAAAUUUUUGUUUCUGAAGGUUACCCAUGAGACUGUUAUACAUGUUGGUUCCACUGUUAUACAGUUAGUACCUUACUGUUAUACAAAAGUAUGUUGGAGAGCAGUUUCCAUAUAGUGUAGGAAUUUACAUAUUAAUCAUAGUAUGUGGCUUCCAUUUGGCUACCAACCUAAAGCUUACAAAGGCCAUUGGUUGUCUGAAUUCUGCAAUCUCUAAAAUAGAAGGCAUUCAGUACAGUCUACACUAAAUAGGCAAGAUAGUGCUUAGCAUUAGAAAUAUUGUGCACGAAACUCACAACCCAUAGCUCUUGAGCAACCCAUAAAGUGACUCGGUCAUCACAUUAACAUACAUAGAAUUAAAACAGGUCGUAAAGCUUUCUGUGUGAGAUCAGUUUAUUCUUAAAUUUUUGAGCAAAUAAGUUUGCAGUUUUGCACCGAUUCCCCCCCCACCACCUACAUUCCCUUAUGUCACCACAGCUCUGGCAGCUGAUUGCAGAAAUCCUAAAGAACCAACUGAGAUAAUGCAGACACUUUCCAUAAGAGCUGAUUGCCUAUAUAUACUAAUGUGGUCAGCCCAGUACAUAAACCGCGAAGACCAGGUCACCUUAACUAAAAAGCUUUGCAGCUUACCACUGCUCCCUGCCUUUCUACCUAUAUCCUCUAGGCAGUGUUUUUUUAGUGCUUUCCUUUGGUACUAAUCCGAGGCCCCCAAAAUAUUGCCUAAACAGCAGUUUUGUGGGCAAGCAAGAUAGAGCCGCUUAUGGUUUAACUUCAAUAUGUCCCAUAUAUCCCUUAUCUUGGUUAACAAUUUAUGCCAAAGAUAUUUAUGGCUGCUCCGGCAUAUAGGGCAGUGGAUAAGUCUUUAAAAAUAAUGUUUUGUUUGCUGGCGUUUUGGCCAAAUGUACUGUUUAUUACUGCAUGGACCAUUUAAUUUAAUUUUUUAUUUUAUUUUUUUGUGUUCAAAGCAGUUUACACCACCGGUGUUUCUUGCUAGUUUUCUAGUUGGAAUAACGAGAGUUCCAAGGGAUGAGGGGUGACAUUUUAUCAGAAAAAAAUGGUGUGUUUUUAGUUUGUACAGCAUUCUGCACUGAAGUUUGGAUGUUGCGUGCCGCUUAGCCCAUAAAGAAACUUAUUUAAUGAGGAGCAGUGAUGAUUUUGGGUUCACUUGGAGUUAGCUGCCAUUGCUGAACCAAUGAGCUGUGGGUGGGAAUGCUGUUGUGACAUCAUUGACCUAAAAGGGGCAUAUGGCCAAAGUAAGUCAGUGAUGUCACAUGCAUUCCACCUCUUUGUGUUCAUGCAGCGACGGAGUGGGGAAUCUUCCACCUGCAGCUCAUUAGCUGCCGAACCCAAGCUCAUCCCUAGAGAUAUGGUGCAGGGAACAAUUAUUUUGUCUAAUUUGCAGUAUUCCAUAGCAAGCAACCAGAAAUAAUUUCCUAACUGAUUACAUGGAAUUGAAUAUGGAUGCUAUUAGUUACUUUGCAGUUAAUAAAUAAGCUUGUUAUGUAUUUUGGACGGCUAAUACCACGUUAAAGACCACACCAUUUUUAUGUCUUGUGCCUCUCAGACCUUGGGAUUCUCCCCACUCUGUUGUAUUACUGUGGUGUAUUUUAUAUCUGAAUGUAAGAUGUGAAGAUAUCAGGUUUGUUCUGUGUAUGCAUAUAUGCAGUGUAUACUGCUAUUUUUAAUGCUCCUUUUGUCUCCACUACCAGAAAUGGACAAGUGAUUGUCUAUGGCUUCAGCUUUUUCUUCUUCAAAUUUCUAUUUUCUGUUGCAGUGUUUCUUUUCUUUUCACUUAAACGAACCCUAACCUGAAAGGAUUUUGAGGCUUCCGCAGCUGUCCUUCCUGGAAUGCCAGUUGCCUGUCCCAUAACAAGCAUGUGUUGAGUGAAAUCAGAAUGUAUAAGCUCUAAAAAAGUGCAUACUUGGUAUGGAUUAGUGGCUUGGAGAAUAUUGAAGACAGUAGAGCAGCUUUACAGCUAAACAACAUUUUGAGGAGACGUCAGCAGUGGAAGCCUCUAAUAUUCCCUCAGCACAGGUUCCCUUUAGCACUGUGUUGAUCACCCAGUGUGGUUGAUUUACCAGAGGAGAACAAUGCCCAGUGAAGCUGUGGUUAGAUCAAUCACCUAAUCAUUUGCAAGCAAGUGCUGCUGAUUGGAGACCUGUAGGUCUGAUUCUGCAGGGGUUGGGUUGGAACACUGCAGAGACAACCACUUCUCGUACACAGGGCACAGUAGUCCUCUCUGCAGCAUACAGUGGGGAAAAAAAUGGUUGGGUCUGAGUGGCAAUUUACUAAAAGCAAAGGCGGGGCAUAGAACUUAUUUUGCUGUACCCCAAUUUCAUUUUUAGUAUUUGGCCUGAAACUUCAAUUGGCCUUUAAAUCCCCUGCACAUGAUUAGGUUUUUGAUGAAAAGCACAGCUUUAUUGGGUUUCUGAAAUAAAUACAGCUUUAUUGGGUUAGGAGAAUCUUCUAUUCAUUUAGUAAAUCAACAUUAUUAUAUUUAGAGAACCAGUUGACACCGACCUCUAUAUACCACAGUACCCAAGGUAUCUCAUUGGCUUUGGGCAGCCUAGAAAAACAAGCCAAUGACCAUGCAAUUCCAAAACUGUCUGGUCUUAAAAGGGGGGACUUUUUCUUGAAUAGUUGACGGUAUUCCCUUUAAAAUACUGUGUGCAAUAUAAUAUCCUAGUGCCAGCUUGGUACUUUGUCUGGGUGAAGUACUUAUACAAAUGAAGGCUACAAAAAUAUGACUUUUGGGAAGAUGUGCCUUGUAGAUUUAUGUUAUGUCAAUGCCAAGUGCUUAAACAUGCCAAGGCCCAAACCUAAAGAGUGUGUUUGUCCAUGUAACUGCGGUGAAUGCAUUCAACUUUUAUCAUUACUGUUUUCCUUGGAUGCCAACAGCUGGUUGAACCCAAAAGUUUUAAGUUUUCCAAAUGCUACUGUAAUUUUAAUAACACCCUCUAAUGUUUAAUGGUCAUUUGGGAAUGCAAACCAUGGACAUAUCACCAUCAGUAUGCCCUGACAUUUGUUUUUUUCUGUAGAAGUUAAUGAUGCCUGUGAUUACUCAGGUAUCUGUGAUCUGGUUGAGGUUAAUGUAGUUCUACUGGACCAACGUAACUGCACCCAGUGAUGCCAGCGUUUUCAUGGCUUUGUCUGCAAACAUCAGGCCACUAGUAAAGUUGCAUACAUAAUCUCUUAUCAAGGGUGCAUUCUAGUUUCCCCUAGUGUGAGAAAUCCAGAUUUUAGGGAAGUACUAGUCCAACCAUAUACCUCUAUGUAUCUUUAAAAAAAGCCAACUGUGCCUUCAUUCCCUGUAUGAAUACAAACUCACUCAGACAAAGUCAACAAAUUUCCCAUCCACUGUGAAACGUUACCAGGGCUUACUAAAUUUUAAAGACUGCUGAUUUCACAAACUUUUCUGUUUAAACUUUAUAAUUCUUAGGACCAAUAUCAGAUUAUCUUUAAAUCAACUUUGUUGCCGAUUUUAAAAAUAAAAAAAAAACACACCCUGCAAAAGAAAUAUUUUUAUACUUACACGCUUCACUGCCUAUUCAUUUAAUUUUAGAGGCCUUUUACGCCACGUGUAUUGGGGUGCUUUGUUCAUCGCAGGCCCAAUGCAAAAGCAAGCAGAAAUCUAUUGUUUCCAAUAGACUUGAGUUUGGAUUUUGUGAAAAUGAAACGUGCUGCAUUUAAAACACAGCACAACAUGAUACAACUUAUUACAUCACAAUGUGAUGCAUUAAAAAAUGAAUGUCAAUGUACGUUAACUCAAGUGCAUUUAAAAUGCAUCAACGCAAGCUGAAUGCAAUGGAAGUCUUAUGAAUUUAGAAAUGGGACGGCGGGACAAAAAAGUAUAAUUACCCUUUGUUUUUUAGGGUGUGCUUUUUUUUUAUUAGUUCCUUAAUAUCACAAACAUCCUACUUGUCACCAAGGCUUUUUUUUAAGUUAAGAAUGUAUAUUUAUAAACACAACGCAAACUAUACAUUUGUACAUGUGUGUAAUUCUUAUGCAAAUAUUUUUAUAGCUGUAUUUUCUUGACUUCGAUUAUACUCGUCUAUUUUAUCAUCUGUGAAAAAAUGUAUAUUUAACUAAUUGUAUUGUUGUAGGCCUAAGUGUACAAGUAAUGUAUCACAAUGCUUAUGGAAAUAUUGAAUAUGUGCCAUAGAGAUCAAUAACUAUUAAUAUUUGUUGCCCAGUCGUUUUACAGUUUUAUACGCAUUAUGUUGGAAUAUCAAUCACUGGCCAUAGAAUACAUUACAGACAUACCCCACUUAAGUACACAAUGGGGUUUAUUUACUAUCGCUGGAGAGUGCAAAAUCAGGCUA